CGGAAAGUUCGCAGAGCGUGACUUUGAAUGCCACUUAGUUACAAACGUGUGCGUGGUGCAAGCACGGUUUUUGUUGCAAUUUGUGUGUCUUGUUGAGUCACGGUUUGAUGGAUGCAUGCGGAACUGAAAUUCCUCAAUUCUGUGUCGAGGAACUUCUACUCAGCCUAAGCUUCAACAGAACGCAACGCCUCUUGUGAAACAUCUCUUCCUGGUUUUUCUCCGUCGUGCAAGUGAUUGCCGAUACAUUCGCUUGGAUAGGUAUCAUCAACUGGAAAGUAUCCUUCCAACUGUGUUGAGACUGAGUUAAUUCGACCCAGUUCAUACCUCACUUCACAUCUCAUUCUCAACCAUGGCGUUCACGAUGCACUCCCACUCCGGGCAGUUCUGCCCCGGACACGCCAAAGACCAACUCGAGGAAGUGAUCAGACACGCCAUCAGCGUCGGCUACAGAACCAUCGGUCUGACAGAGCACAUGCCCCGUACCCAGCUCUCGGAUCUCUACCCGGAAGAGCUCGACCCAGACCAAGGACAAACAACUCUCGCCCAGCUCGUCCCCCGCCACGCUUCUUACCUCGCCGAAGCACAGCGUCUCCAAGCCAAAUAUGCCUCGCAGAUCCACAUCCUCAUCGGCUUCGAAGGCGAAUGGAUUCGCGGGGCUGAGUACGGUCCCCUGAUCAGCUCCCUUUUAUCUUCCGCUCCAUGCGUCGACUACUUCAUCGGAUCCAUCCACCACACGGCCGGGAUUCCAAUUGAUUUUGACAAGACCAUGUUUCUGCAGGCGCAGAACGCGUGUGGGGGUUCAGAGGAGAAGCUGUGGGAGAGGUACUACGAUGAGCAGUUUGAGAUGUUGAACGCGACGAGACCGAAGGUGGUGGGACACUUUGAUCUGAUCAGGUUGUUGUCGGAGGAGCCGGAUAAGAGGGUGAAGGGGUGGAGGGAUGGGGUUUGGGAGAGGAUGAAGAGGAACUUGGAGGUGUGUAAGGGGUUGGGGGCUUGGUUGGAGGUUAAUACUAGUGCUUUGAGGAAGGGGCUGAAGGAGCCGUAUCCGGGGAGGGAGGUUGCUGAGGAAUGGAUCAAAAUGGGGGGCAAGUUUACGUUUUCGGAUGAUAGCCAUGGGAUUGCACAGGUUGCAACAAACUACACAAGGGGCCUGGAUUACUUGGAUAGUUUGGGAGUUACUGAACUCUGGACGCUGGAAAGGGUUCCUCAUCCCGGAACAGCAGGGGAUAUCAAGUCGGAGUUGAGGGACAAGGCCGUGACCAUUGCCGAAUUCCGCCAGAGCUUGCGGCUGGAGCAGUAGACGUACUUAGGUUGACAAUUGCGAUUGUUCAGUGU